AAACAUCGCGCUGCGAGCUGCUCGAUCAUCUAGUCACGCCUUCCCUAUGAAUAUUUUUAAUAAAUUUUUAUGAACUACUGGUGGCGCUUUACAUUUUCUUCUUAAAAUCAAAGAGAUAAGGAUUCAACGUAGGCUAGGCCCUAACUAAAAAUUUGGGAGAAUAUGUCUGAAAAGUGGAAUAAUAUUUUAAUGGUCUAUAGUAUUUAAAAGUUUUAUCAGAAAGUUCCCAUUUAUACAGUUGAGGCUUAGAAAGUGUAAUAAUUUUCUCACAAUUGAACGAGUAUGAGAUGGCGGCGCCCAUGAUUAGUUGGAUUUGACGAAUGGCAUGGGUGACCAAAUUCCGAAGCAGAAAGUGUAAAAUUGAUUCUGAGUGUAAUGAUCGAUUUAAGGUGAGCUUGAAAUGGAGAAAAGGGAACUCAUUGAGCUUCAGCUUUCGGAAGUUGAGAUGCUUCAGAGUAUGUUUCCUAACGAAGAGUUUUGUGUUGAUGACCCGAGUGUCAUUUCUGAAGCACGCAGUAUCGUCAGCGACCAAGGCUACAGUCAUGACAGUACAGCUACAGCACUGGAGGGAUAUCGUCAAAUAACCUUCACAAUCAAAAUUAAGGUUGAAGAACCUGAGUGUGAUCUGCAUGUGAUCUGCCUUCUUCCUGAAAUGUACCCACAGGAUGUCCCAGAGGUCUUGGUUCGAUCAGACGCACCAUUGUUUACACGCCAGCAGCAGAAGAGACUGAAUGAUGACGUUGCUGAGCACAUUCUAAGUUUGGACCGAGGGGAGCUCUGCAUCGGUGAAGCAAUCCAAUGGAUUAGAGAAAAUACCUACAAAUAUGUCGAACCUCCCUCCCCAUCAAAAGACAAAAGUCUAUCAAACUUGUCCAAGAAAACAAAACAUGAUGACACAUUUACAAGACUUUGGAUUCAUAGUCAUCAUAUCUACAGCAAGUUCAAAAGACGGGAUAUCUUAGACUGGGGUGCAGAGCUGCCGGUAACAGGGUUUUGUCUCCCUGGAAAGCCAGGCAUCAUCUGCAUUGAGGGGGAGAAAAGUUCUGCUGAGGAAUUCUGGAACCGCCUCCGAAGAAUGAACUGGAAAAAGAUCUCUUGCAAGCAUCGGGAAGACUUCCCAUUUUGUGAUGGAAAGGAUGCAUGUGAUUUCAACUUACGAUGUUGGACUCGAGACAGCUGAUCAGGAAUGGAUCGUCUUGUCCUGUGAUGAGAAGGAAUGUCACCCAAUUUGUAGAUUUCCUUUGUCCUUUGUAGCUUCUGCUUCAUGAUUUGGUCGGCUGAUUUCUUAAUUCUGGCAAUAAGUUCAUCCAGGGUUGCAGUUACGGGUAUUUCUAUUGAGAAAUCGAUGAUGUAGUGACACAUUAGUGUACCUAAUUGACACACGUAUACCUUGAAAGAUUUUUUGUGAAGAAUGGAAUAUCUUCAGUCAAACUUCUAGCAAUUGACUUUUAUAGGAAAAGAUUUAGAUGAAACAUUUAAACAGAUGAUUACUCUAAGUUCUGUCGGAUCAUUUGCCAUAGGGUUCUAUGAAAUGUGCUGAGCAAGACUGUUGAAAUGUAACUUUAAUAAUUUGCAAGUAAAGAGUCCUCUGGUACAAAAACACCCCAUGGAAGCACAUUGCAUGUGCUCCAAAUCUCAUGUGAUUCAGACGGAGAAAAAGAUGUUUGAUGAUGUACAUGUAGGCCCCCACAUGCAGUGCAAGGUUCACUCUGGUUGGAGUACCAUAAUAAUGUGCGUGUAUUGAUCUACUGUGGAAAUUCAUAACACUCUGCUGCACAGAUGGGAAGUCGAAGUAAAUACAGUCGACUCUUGUAACAAAGUUGCAGGGAUCAGACAAAUUACAGGUACUUUGUUAUACACAGGACUUUGUCAUAAGAGGAGUGAAAAAAAGAAAGAAAAACAUAAGAAUUCAAGAAAGUGGGAUCCUCAAAAUUUGUUCUGUAUAACAGUAUUUUGUUAUAACAUUGGUCUUUAUAAUCAGAGUCAACUGUGUAUUAUUUCCUUCGAUGCGGUUUGAGAUUCUCUUAUGAUCCUUGUCUUUUUUAUAACUGGAUCUCAUACCUUCAUGUUUCACCGGACUUCCAGAGCCCCCCAAAGCACUAUCGGCCACAUUUGAUGAGACCGUCUGGCUCCACAAAGAUGCAGCCA